ACUUGGACGAUAUUCCUCACACAUCUCCAAUUCCGCCAACGCGCCGCCGCAAUGCGUUCAUACGUCACGUAUCUCGCAUGCGCAUUGACGGGGCUCUCGGUCGCUUCCGCUCAAAAUGCAAACAUAACCCUGGCCCCAGCGGCAACCGGAUUCGAAGCCGAUGGAGCCUCAUUUUAUUACGCAUCAAACCCACUCGUUCUCGCGAAUGACGGCAGCGCUGCAGAUGGUGGCUUCAGGGUAUUCAAUGCCGGCGCGAACUCAUCAUGGAGCCAAACAUCGCAUCUCAAGACUGGACGGUCCAAGAUCAUCACGCCUGUAUAUGACGUCGGUGGUCGUGAUUUGCUUCUGAACAUCCCUGCUCCGGACUCCGUAUUGAGAGCUUUCGAAGUCAGCGAGAAUGGGGUUGCGGGAGUCGAGCAGGCGAGAAAGAAGUUUCUAGGCGACUGGUCGACACUAUGCGUGUGGCGAAGCGCAAAGAGCGGGGAAAACUAUGGGUUUCUGUUUGGCAAGAAACAGGUCGUGCAGUUUCUAGUAAGAGGAACGGAGAACAGCACCGAGAUUCUCGAGAUCCAAACAUUCCCGAUACCAAUCGAAGGGGAGGCUUGCACGGUUCUUUCUAACGGUCUGGUCUAUUUCUCCGCAGAAGACCAGCCACUUUAUUCAUUCCAGGCAACCGAGUCUACGGUGACGCCGGAGAUCACGACUGUCAGCGAGGAGAUAGAGGUCAUUGGCCUGGCUACGUACUACCGUAUUUCCGGUGACUACCUUUUUGUGGCGCAUGACGAAGUCAUUGAUGUUUAUGACGAGAAGUUAGGUCUUGUGGGCAGCAUAUCCUUGACUGGAAUCCCUGAUCUUUCCAUCCAAGGGGGUCUCUCUAUUUACCAAGCAUCUACAUCUACAUUCCCUUCCGGUGCGAUCGCGUUCGCGUUCGAGGAUGAGGAGACUGCUGGAAUAGCCGUCGGACCCCUCGAAAGCGCUCUGGCUGCCGUCGGAAUUGAAGUUAAUACGGACUUCAACCCUCGAGACCGUCCAUGCAAUGAUUGCGAGGGUACCAUUACGAAACAGUGCUCUGAAAAUGGAUUUGAUGCAGGGUAUUCCUCGUGUCAAUGUUUUGUGGGCUUCUCCGGCUCCGACUGCAGCGAGACCAUCUGCAAAAACAGCUGCUCCAGCCACGGCAAGUGCGCAGGUCCGAACGUUUGCCAGUGCGAUGCAGGCUGGGAAGGCCCCGACUGCUCUUUCGUAGCCGUGCAAGCGAAGUAUGAGACAGCAGCGAACGGAGGAGAUGGUGACGACCCCGCGAUCUGGAUCCAUCCCACCGAUGCUUCGCAGAGCAAGAUUGUCACAACCACUAAAUCUGAGGCUGGUGCAGGAUUUACUGUCUUCGACUUGAAAGGCGAGCUGUUGCAGCAUACACCCGCGGAACAGCCGAAUAACGUCGAUGUCAUCUACAACUUCACUCUCGGCGACAAACAGACGGAUCUCACAUUCGCGGCGUGCAGGGGUGAUAACACGCUGUGUCUUUUCGCGAUCAACUCCACCGGAUUCCUUUCGCCGAUUGCUGGCGGCGUUCAGCCCACGCCCGAGGACUAUGAAGUUUAUGGCUCAUGCACGUUCCGCUCCACUAAAACGGGGAAGCAAUAUCUCUUCGUCAACAACAAAGAUGCAGAGUACUUGCAAUACGAGCUGACCUCCACGGCCAACGGAACUCUACAAACCACGCUUGUCCGUGAGUUCAUUGGAGGCUCAGGUGGCCAAGUCGAAGGUUGUGUGGCUGAUGACGCUGCGGGUUUCCUAUUCCUAGGAGAAGAGCCGGAGGGUGUUUGGCGAUAUGACGCUGAGCCAGACGGCUCGGACACAGGGAUGCAAAUCGCCAAGGUCGGCGAUGGUCGUCUAUCCGCCGACGUUGAAGGCAUCGCAUUGGUCCCAGCUACUUCCGGAGGCUCGGGCUACAUAUUCGUGUCUUCCCAAGGCAUUAGUUCGUACAUUGUCUAUGAUCGCGCACCGCCACAUGAGUAUGUCAUGACUUUCACCAUUGUAGACAAUAGGGAGGCGGGAAUAGACCAUGUGUCAAAUACGGAUGGAAUCGCUGUCGUUGGUGAUAGAUUGAAUAGUGACUUUCCGGGGGGCUUGUUUGUCACGCAUGACGAUGCCAACGAGCUGGCAGAAGGAGGCACUGCCUUAGAAGCAUCGUUCAAGCUUGUGAGCUUAGAAGAUAUUUUAGGUGAAGAACGGACCAAAGCACUAGGCUAUUAG